AUGUUCAGCAAGGCUUUACUCACUGUUUCUCUUCUCGCUGGUUUGGUGUUUACAACUCCCACUCCAAACAGCGUGGUCGAGAAGCGUGAUGUGACGUGUAGAGGAGUUACUUACUCUAACUCUCAGUUGGAGGCCUGCCGUAGAACUCUUUGCUUGUAUGACAACAGGCAGGGGCCCGGAGGAUACCCUCACUUUUUCAAUAAUGGAGAGCAGCUGAACUUUGGGUCAUAUACGGGAGACCUGUAUGAAUAUCCGUUAGUAGGUGGUAGCAGGGCCUACAAUGGGGGUGCACCAGGACCAGACCGUUGCGUAGCUGCUUACGAUGCAGCUACAGGAAACUGUGACCUCCUUGGUGCCAUGACGCAUAGAGGCGCUCCUGCUAAUAACCGUAAUACAUUUUAUCUCUGCUAA